AAAGGAAAAGACUUGAACAGGAGAAGAAAUUAAAAAGAACAUAAAACCAUAAUAAAGUAUAAUAAUAUAAUCAAAGGAACAAGUUUGUCCUUCCUGGUGUACGUUUAAUCUCUGUUCAUUGUCAAACAAUAGAUUCCAUAUGCAAUUCGUGGGAAUCGUGACAAAGGUUUUGAAUUUAUUGCCUCUCCUCUCUGUUCAUCCUUCCAGGUAAAAACAGAACUAUCUAGAGGCAUUAGGAAGAAAUAUGACGGAUGAGAGAUGAUUAAUAUUUUUCUCUCAAAAUUAAUGAAACAGAAGGAUCAUGAGUGGGGCUUCUGAAAAGAAACUUGUGAGAAUUGAGGUUACUUCUGAUACUGUGUGCCCAUGGUGCUUUGUUGGCAAAAAGAAUUUAGAUAAGGCCAUAGCUGCCUCCAAUAAUAUAUACAACUUCGAGAUAACAUGGCACCCCUUUCAACUUGAUCCUGAUGCUCCUAAAGAAGGCAUUGACAAAAGGGAGUAUUAUGGAAAAAAGUUUGGUUCCCAAACAGAACGGAUGGAGGCUCGGAUGUCAGAGGUGUUCAAGAGUGUUGGUGUGGAGUAUAGUUUUUCAGGACUUACGGGAAACACUAUUGACAGCCACAGGCUUAUAUAUUUUGCUAGACAGCAGGGUCCUGAGAAGCAACAUCUUCUGGUUGAAGAACUUGCCAUUGGCUAUUUCACACAGGGAAAAUACAUUGGUGACCAUGAGUUUCUUCUUGAAUCUGCUGCAGAGGUUGGUAUAGUAGGAGCAGAAGAGUUUCUUAAGGAUCCCAAUAAUGGUCUGAAGGAGGUGGAGGAGGAGCUUAAAACGAUUUCACGAAACAUUUCAGGGGUUCCAUAUUAUGUGAUUAAUGGAAAACACAAGUUGAGUGGUGGACAAAUCCCUGAAGUCUUCUUGAAAGCUUUCCAAGUUGCUACAACUUGACUUUCAGCUCUUCAGAGUUUCUAUUGUACUCCAUAAGGAUGAAACCUUGGAAAUGACAAGUUGGCCUUCAGAGUUUAUAGCACUCUAUCAAAUGUGAAACUUCUAUUGACAUGCAAGAGAAUGUUUAUGUUUUACAAUAAUGUGUAUAUAGUGUCUUUGCCCGUGUCUUAUCGGAUGCAGCCAUAGUAAAUUGAAUAUCUUUGAUAUUUAUCUGGCAUUGCUCUUUAAUUUUGCACCCAGUGAGAAAUGCUUAUGCUUGAUUUGGUUGGCGAAAAAAUGUAAUUUCCCUUCCGUUAGCACCGUUUUGGCUGGAGAAAGAUGUCACAGUAAUAACAUUUUAUUAGCCUUUUGUUUUAAUAAGAGCUUAGGGAUAGUAUUUUUA